AUAAAAUUAAAGAAGUACAAGUCUAAAUCGGUUGAGGGUAUAGGCUGUGUACUGCACAAGCGAGGUAGUGGUGAUAGAUUAUUAUUAUGAAUAUUAUUCUCUGAUGAAAUCAAACCACAACCACUUCCAUCUUUUAUAAUCCUUUUUCAUCCCCUGGCCUCCUCACAUCAGCUACCUGGGAAACAGAGGCGUUGAAUUCGUGUUCUGCGAUCGGUUGAGAAGUGUUUGUUUCGGCGUCUUUUCCGAACAAUGCUUGUGGCCUAAGCACCGAUCGUACAUCCAUCCUCUUCUAAUCGAUCUCUACCUCUCUCUCUUCACGAAAACAGGAAAAGGAUUGAGAAGACGAUUAAUGUUAGGGUCGAAAUUAUGAAGCUGAAGUCGUUGAUGCGAAGCUCGUCGGAUGGUUGCAGUUCUGUAAGAGCUAAUUACAGCAGGAAUUUUGACUUGCCGGAUGAUUCCACUCCACCGUCGUCCGCGGCGGAGAGGCAUCCUCACUGCUUCGGCGGACCAAUGCUGCCGAUUUUCCUCGAUGACCUGAGGACGAAUCGUAACGAGCAUAAGCAGGAGUUUGUGGAGCUCACGGUGGAUCUCGACGAUAAUUCCGUCGUUCUCUGCAGCGUCAGUCCUCGUACUCCACUGCAUAACAACGCGAACAGAGUGGAGUCAGCGGCGGCCGCGAGCGGGAUUUUGGGGAGGACGAUUUCGGCUGCGUCGAAGCUUCACCGGAAACUGUCGUGGCUGAGGUCUCCGUCCAGAGCUUCGUCAUCCUCAGACGGCGGGGACGAUCAACAACAGGCGCAGCAGAGAGAUGUCAAUCAGACGGCGGCGUCGACGUCGCGCGAGGCUAUGAGAUCGAACUUGAAGCUUGUGAGGAAUAAAUCGAGUGCUCAGCGUGCUCUAGGAGGGCUGAGAUUCAUCAGUAAAACUGCCGAAGAACCUGAAGGCGAUGAGCUGUGGAAGAAAGUCGAGUCUCGCUUCGGUGCAUUGGCCAAAGACGGUUUGCUUUCUAGAGAAGAUUUCGGCGAUUGUAUUGGAAUGGCGGAUUCGAAGGAGUUUGCCGUAGGUGUUUUUGAUGCACUGGUGCGGCGGCGGAGGCAGAAGGUGGCAAGGAUUACGAAAGCAGAGCUUCAUGACUUCUGGCUGCAGAUUUCAGACCAGAGCUUUGACGCUCGCCUUCAGAUUUUCUUCGACAUGGCGGAUAGCAACGGGGACGGGAGGAUCACAAGAGACGAAGUGCAAGAGCUAAUAAUGCUGAGUGCUUCCGCAAAUAAGCUCUCCAAAUUGAAAGAACGUGCGGACGAGUAUGCUUCUUUAAUAAUGGAGGAAUUAGACCCUGAAAACAUUGGAUAUAUUGAGUUAUGGCAGUUGGAAACAUUACUACUCCAAAGAGACAGAUAUAUGAACUACAGUAGACAACUUAGCACAGCAAGUGUAGGAAGGACGCAAAACAUUGGAACACAUAAUUCCAAGAACGUAUUAAAGAGAACAAGAUGUGCACUAAAGCGUCUUAUAAUAGAGAACUGGCAAAGAGGUUGGAUCCUAUUGCUAUGGCUUAUGGCUAUGGUUGGACUUUUUACAUGGAAGUUCCUACAGUAUAGGCAGAAGGCAGCUUUCAAAAUAAUGGGUUACUGCUUGCCAACAGCUAAAGGUGCAGCAGAAACGCUCAAGUUCAAUAUGGCUCUCAUCCUUUUACCAGUUUGUCGAAACAUAUUGACAUUGCUACGGUCUACAAAAGCAAGGCUACUCAUCCCCUUUGAUGACAAUAUUAAUUUCCAUAAGAUAAUAGCCUAUGCCAUAGCAGUUGGGAUCAUACUCCAUGCAGGAAACCAUUUAGCGUGUGAUUUCCCCCGUCUUAUUAACUCAUCGCCUGAAAAAUUUGCACUUAUAGCAUCAGAUUUCAAUGGAAUUAAGCCCACUUACAGAAGCGUUUUGACUGGUGCUGAAGGUGUGACUGGCAUAUUGAUGGUGGUUUUUAUGGUGGUUUCCUUCACAUUAGCCACAAGGCAAUUCAGGAGGAAUAUCUUGAAUCUACCACCACCUCUCCACCGAUUGACUGGCUUUAAUGCCUUCUGGUAUUCUCACCAUCUACUUGCUCUAGUAUAUGUGCUACUUCUAGUUCAUGGCAAUUUCCUAUUCUUGGUCCACGGCUGGCAGUAUAAGACGACAUGGAUGUACAUUUCCAUUCCGCUGAUAUUAUAUGUAGCUGAGCGGAGUCUGAGAACACGCCGAGCACAACAUUAUGCAGUUAAAAUACAGAAGGUUUCUGUACUUCCAGGUGAUGUAUUUAGUUUGGUUAUGGCAAAACCAACUGGUUUCAAAUACAAGAGCGGGCAGUACAUAUUCUUACAAUGCCCAAUAAUAUCCUCAUUUGAAUGGCAUCCAUUUUCAAUAACCUCAGCACCAGAUGAUGACAACCUUAGUAUUCACAUCCGCACUGUAGGGGACUGGACAAAAGAACUCAAGCGAGUCUUUACAGAGAACGUUGGCUCAAUAUGUGAGAUAGGCAGGGCAAAGUUUGGCGAACUCGGGAAUGUUGAUCAGCGAGGUUUACCUCGAUUGCUUGUUGAUGGACCAUAUGGUGCACCUGCACAGGACUAUCAUAACUAUGAUGUCUUGCUUCUUGUAGGACUUGGCAUUGGAGCUACACCCUUCAUAAGUAUCCUCCGGGACCUACUAAACCAUUCAAGAACAGAUGAUCAAAUGGAUUCAAAUACAGAAACCAGUGCAUCAGAUGAUAGCUGGUCAAGUUUUGGUUCUAUAAGCAUAGCAUCAACUGUGAAAAAGAAAACGCAAAGGGUAAAAAGGGCGCAUUUCUAUUGGGUAACAAGAGAACCUGGAUCCUUUGAGUGGUUCAAAGGAGUGAUGAAUGAAGUUGCAGAGAUGGAUCACAAAGGGCAGAUAGAUAUGCACAAUUAUCUAACAAGUGUUUAUGAAGAAGGAGAUGCAAGGUCAACUCUGAUUACUAUGGUCCAAGCACUUAGUCAUGCAAAACAUGGUGUUGAUAUCCUCUCGGGCACAAGGGUAAGGACACAUUUUGCAAGGCCAAAUUGGAAAGAAGUAUUCAGUAAAAUAGCUUCAAAGCACCCAUAUUCUACAGUAGGAGUUUUUUACUGUGGGACACCAGUAUUGGCAAAGGAGUUGAAGAAGCUAGCACAAGAACUGACGUAUAAGACAUCAACACGCUUUGAGUUCCACAAGGAAUACUUUUGAUGUUUGGGCACAGAUGUAUGAAUCAUCUUUUUUUCUAUUGCUUUACUUUCUGUAAAUUCACAUGGUUAAGAGUGACACAUAUACGUAUAGACUAUUAAUACAUCUCAGACCCCACAGAAAAUAUAGAAGUGUGUUUGGUGCAUGGUUCAUCAUGGCCUUACACCUCUAUGUGCAAAGAACAGAAGCAUCCAACAUGUCAGCAAGUACAGAGAGGCACAAACAGUGUCAAAAGUUUCAUUGUUCUUAUUUUUUUAAUAGAAU